AUGAGGUCGGGGUCAGAAGAGCCAGUCCCCUUACAUGAAGAAUUUAUCUACUGCUGUGGAGCUGCUACCCAUGUCUUAAAGUGUGGGCCUUGGAAAGACCUCUCAAAAGAUGAAAAUAAAAAUCUACCCAGGCUCUUGUUCAUGAUUAUUCCUGGUAACCCUGGACUGGCAGGUUAUUACAGGACCUUUAUACAGGCCCUUUAUUGUGGACUGAACCAGCAGUAUCCUGUCUGGGUUGUGAGCCAUGCUGGACACUGUAAACCUCCGAGUGGGAUGGAAAUGAUAGAAGACACAGAUAUUAAGGAGCUAGAGGAUGUUUUUGGACUUAAUGGACAAGUAGAGCAUAAGCUGAACUUCCUCAAAAAGAAUGUAUCAAAAGAUAUAAAGCUGGUGCUGAUUGCUCAUUCUAUUGGUUGCUACAUCACCCUGGAGAUGAUGAAACGAGCAUCAGAACUUCAGGUCCUGCGCUCCGUGCUGCUGUUCCCGACCAUCGAGCGCAUGGCUCAGUCCCCCCAGGGGAAGCUCAUGACCCCCUUGCUGUGCAAGCUCCGCUACGCUCUCUACAUGCCCGUGUACCUGCUGUCCUUCCUCCCCGAGGGACUCAAGGCCUCCCUGGUGAGGUUUGCGCUGCGGGGGAUGAAGACCUGUGAUGAGUCUUCAAUAACAACCUCCAUAAACCUCUUCAGUGUUGACUGCAUUGCCAACAUCUUGUACAUGGCAAGCCAAGAAAUGAUGAAAGUGGUGGAGAGAGACAGUACGACCAUAAAGCAAAAUUUAAAGAAGCUGAUUUUUUACUAUGGAACUGGAGACAGCUGGUGUCCACAGCACUACUACGACGAGAUCAAAAUGGAUUUUCCAGACGGGGACAUUCGGCUCUGUGAGAAGGGGCUCCGCCACGCCUUCGUGCUCGACGCCAGCAAGGAGAUGGCUGCCAUGAUCACAGACUGGCUACAGGACGAUCUGACCAAAUUAUAA